AUGGGCGACUUUGAGAUAGAAGACGUCCUGUAUUUUAUUAUUUCAAAGGGGUGUCGUGUCAAAAAUCACGAGCUCGUGACGCAUUUCAGAAAUUUUUUGAAUCACCCUGUUAAUAAGGUUCAGAACCGGGACAAGUUCAAGAAUUUUGUCAAUGAGCUGGCCACAGUUAAAAUUGAUGAAGGGGACAAGGUUCUAGUGCUAAAAAAGAAAUAUCGCCCCCCAUCAGAGAAUUGUGAUACCACAUCAACAGCUCCACCCCUAUUCCCAGCACCUCAGACUGGAUCCAGGUCAGCUGGAGCAUGGGUUCCCAAGAAAACUGUUAGGUCUGAACCAGACUUGUCAACAGUGCAGUCAUCAGCGUUAUCGGCAAUGCCACCUGCUGAGGUUGAAGACAGACUUGCACAGAACGAUUCCCUCAGAGCACAGUCGGAACCACCGUCUGGUGUUACUGGGAACAGUGACACAGAUUUGGACAACCCUGAUGGUUUAACAAUGUCAAAGGUCAGGAGUGAUGAAUCUUUGGAAGUGGUCUUAAGGCAUACAGACAGGUUACCUGCCCCUGUUGAUUCAGACAGGUUACCUACCCCUGCUGAGACAGAAUCACAGAAGUCUUUGGCUUCCAGCACGUCUGGUUUGGCAUCCAUGGACGAAGAUGCCAACGCCUCUGUUUUUAGCGUCAAGGAUAAAAUCAAGAAAUUAAAUAAGAAUAUUUCUGAGUCGGACGUGAACCAGCCGAAAUCAGUGAGCAGCAGUUCCAAUGGGGGAAACAAGAAAAUGAAUAAAUAUACGGCAGCAGAUGAUGAUGAUACAUCCCAUUCGUCUGGAUCAUUUGUCAGUUUGGACGAUGAGCAAAAGGACUGGAUGGUUGUGUGCUCUCACUCCGACUACCAUGAAAUGAACAGGCUGCUCUCCAAAAAUCCAUCUCUGGCUAAAAUUAAGGAUUUUACAAAUACACUUUUCUGGGAAACUGAUGUCUGCUUAACUUUUUACUAG